GACCUGAAUACCAAGUGCAUCGUGGAGAUGGAAGGGAACCAGACUGUACUUCACCCUCCGCCUUCCAACACCAAGCAGGGAGAAAGAAAACCACCUAAGGUGUUUGCCUUUGAUCACUGCUUCUGGUCCAUGGAUGAAUCAAACACCACAAAAUAUGCAGGUCAAGAAGUGGUGUUCCAGUGCCUUGGAGAAGGAAUUCUAGAAAAGGCCUUUCAGGGAUAUAAUGCUUGUAUUUUUGCCUAUGGACAGACAGGUUCGGGAAAAUCCUUUUCAAUGAUGGGCAAUGCAGAGCAGCUGGGUCUGAUCCCACGGCUCUGUUGUGCUUUAUUUCAGAGAAUUGCUGUGGAAGAAAAUGAAUCUCAUACUUUUAAAGUCGAAGUGUCCUAUAUGGAAAUCUACAACGAGAAAGUCAGAGAUCUGCUUGACCCAAAAGGGAGUCGGCAGUCCCUUAAGGUUCGAGAGCACAAAGUGUUGGGACCGUACGUAGAUGGCCUGUCUCAGCUGGCUGUUACGAACUUCGAGGAUAUUGAGUCACUGAUGUCAGAGGGAAACAAAUCACGAACAGUUGCUGCAACCAACAUGAAUGAAGAAAGCAGCCGCUCUCAUGCUGUAUUCAACAUUAUAGUGACUCAGACACUUUAUGACCUGCAUUCUGGUAAUUCUGGAGAGAAGGUUAGCAAGGUCAGCCUGGUGGAUUUGGCUGGGAGCGAGAGAGUGUCCAAAACGGGAGCUGCAGGAGAACGCCUGAAGGAAGGCAGCAACAUAAACAAAUCACUUUCAACGCUGGGCUUGGUUAUAUCAUCACUUGCUGACCAAGCAGCAGGGAAGGGGAAAAACAAGUUUGUGCCUUACAGAGACUCUGUACUCACUUCACUUCUCAAGGACAACUUGGGAGGAAACAGCCAAACUGCCAUGAUAGCCACAAUUAGUCCAGCAGCAGACAACUAUGAAGAAACACUCUCUACUCUGAGAUAUGCAGACAGAGCCAAAAGGAUAGUUAAUCAUGCUGUGGUGAAUGAAGAUCCAAAUGCUAGGGUCAUCAGAGAAUUACGUGAAGAAGUUGAAAAACUGAAAGAACAGCUCUCACAAGCUGAGGAGAGGCAAAGACAGCUAGAGAGCAUGGGAAUUUCCCUUGAGUCUUCAGGUAUCAAGGUUGGGGAUGACAAGUGUUACCUGGUGAACCUGAAUGCAGACCCUGCGCUCAAUGAGCUUUUGGUUUACUAUUUAAAGGAUCACACAAGAGUUGGGGCAGAUACCUCUCAGGAUAUACAGCUCUUUGGUAUAGGAAUCCAACCAGAACACUGCGAGAUUGAUAUUGCUUUAGAUGGAGAAGUUACACUCACACCAAAAGAAAAUGCAAGAUCCUGUGUAAAUGGUGCACUGGUAUGUUCUGUCACUCAGUUAUGGCAUGGAGAUAGAAUAUUAUGGGGAAACAACCACUUUUUUAGAAUCAAUUUACCAAAGCGGAAACGACGAGAUUGGCUGAAAGACCUUGAGAAAGAAACUUCAUUAGGAGAGCAUGAUUUGGAUGCAGCUAGUGAAGCUUCUUCAGAACCAGACUACAACUAUGAGUUUGCACAAAUGGAAGUUAUUAUGAAGACACUGAAUAGUAAUGACCCAGUACAAAAUGUGGUCCAGAUUUUGGAGAAGCAGUACUUGGAAGAGAAGCGGAGUGCUCUUGAGGAGCAGCGGCUGAUGUAUGAACGUGAAUUAGAGCUGUUGCGGCAGCAGCUCUCUCCAGAAAGGCAGCAUCAGCAUGGCAGCGACAGACUCUCCUACACUGCUCAGACUGCACAGCAGAAAGUAAAUCUCUGGACAGAAGAGAGGGAUGAAUUGUUUCGACAGAGCCUGGCUAAACUUCGAGAGCAGAUAGUAAAGGCAAAUACACUGGUGAGAGAAGCAAACUUCUUAGCAGAAGAAAUGAGUAAACUAACAGAUUAUCAAGUAACACUUCAGAUCCCUGCUGAAAACCUCAGUGCCAACAGAAAGAGGGGUGCAAUAGUAAGUGAGCCUGCUAUUCAAGUGAGAAGAAAAGGAAAAGGUACUCAAGUGUGGACUAUUGAGAAACUAGAGAACAAAUUGAUUGACAUGAGAGACCUCUACCAAGAGUGGAAGGAGAAAAUUCCUGAGAUAAGGAAGCUCAUUGGCAGAAGAGGUGAUCCUUUUUACGAAGCGCAAGAGAAUCACAACUUAAUUGGCGUGGCAAACGUGUUCCUGGAGUGCCUUUUCUACGAGGUGAAGCUGCAGUACGCCGUGCCCAUCAUCAGCCAGCAGGGAGAGGUUGCAGGACGGUUGCAUGUUGAAGUAAUGCGAGUCACUGGGUCUGUCCCAGAACGUGUAGUAGAAGGAGAUGACUCAUCUGAGAACUCCAGUGAGAGUGGGAGUCUGGAAGUCGUGGAUAACAAUGGAGAAAUUAUCCAUAGAGCAAAAAAGCUCUCCUGCAGGGUGAAAAUAAAAGAAGCAACCGGACUGCCACCUAAUCUCUCUAACUUUGUCUUCUGUCAAUAUACGUUUUGGGAUCAAUGCAAGUCAACAGUAGCGGCACCAGUGGUAGAUCCAGAUGUGCCUUCACCUCAGAGCAAGGAUGCUCAUUUUACAGUGACCUUCUCUCACUGUAAGGACUAUGUGGUGAAUGUCACAGAGGAGUUUUUGGAGUUCAUUUCAGAAGGAGCUCUUGCUAUUGAGGUGUGGGGUCACAGAUGUACUGGCAAUGGCAGCUCUGUUUGGGAAGUUGAUUCUCUUCAUGCUAAAACUAGGACACUGAGAGACAGGUGGAAUGAAGUAACUCGAAGAAUAGAAAUGUGGAUUUCCAUACAAGAAUUGAAUGAGAUGGGAGAAUAUACUGCAGUUGAACUCCAUCAGGCGAAAGAUGUAAACACAGGGGGGAUUUUCCAGCUUAGGCAGGGUCAUUCUCGCAGGGUUCAGGUGACAGUGAAACCCGUACAACAUUCGGGAACGUUGCCUCUCAUGGUAGAAGCAAUUCUUUCAGUCUCCAUAGGUGGUGUGACGGCCAGAUCAACCAAACUGCAAAGGGGCUUGGACAGCUACCAGAAGGAGGAGGAUGAUGGUGGUGAUAUGGAUAGUUACCAGGAAGAAGAUUUAAACUGCGUACGAGAAAGGUGGUCUGAUGCAUUGAUAAAACGCAGAGGAUACUUGGAUGAGCAGAUUCAAAAGAUCAGCAAUAAACAAGAAAAAUCUGAGGAUGAUAUAGAACGAGAAGCCCGGCUGGUUGAACAGUGGGUAGGGCUGACGGAAGAGCGGAAUGCGGUGUUUGUUCCAGCACCAGGCAGUGGAAUUCCCGGUGCCCCCGCAAAUUGGAUUCCACCUGCAGGAAUGGAAACACAUAUACCUGUCCUCUUCCUUGAUUUGAAUGCUGAUGACCUCAGUGCCAAUGAACAACUUACAGGUCCCCAUGCAUCAGGAGUUAACUCAAUACUACCAAAGGAGCAUGGGAGUCCAUUCUUUUAUCUGCCGAUCAUAAAACACAGUGAUGAUGAGGUUUCAGCCACUGCUGCUUGGGACUCUUCUGUCCAUGAUUCAGUGCACCUGAAUAGGGUAACUCCUCAAAAUGAGAGAAUUUACUUGAUAGUGAAGACUACUGUGCAGCUUAGCCAUCCUGCUGCAAUGGAACUGGUACUACGCAAAAGGAUUGCAGCCAAUAUUUAUAACAAGCAGAGUUUUACCCAGAGCCUGAAAAGGAGAAUAUCCUUGAAAAAUAUAUAAUAUGCCUGUGGAGUGACCUAUGAAAUAGUAUCCAAUAUACCAAAGGCUACAGAAGAAAUUGAGGAUCGCGAGACCUUAGCGCUGAUGGCUGCAAGGAGUGAGAAUGAGGGCACAUCCGAUGGUGAAACGUACAUUGAAAAAUACACACGUGGUGUGCUGCAAGUGGAGAACAUUUUGAGCCUUGAACGACUAAGACAGGCAGUCACAGUCAAAGAGGCGCUCUCCACCAAAGCAAGAAACAUCCGCAGAAGCAUCAGCACUCCAAAUGUCCACAACGUAUCCUGUAGCCGACUAGAUCUUUCUGCCUGUGAUGAAGAUGAUAAGGGUUGGUCUGAAAGUCACCUAGAUAUAUCUGACUGUUCUUCCAGUUAUCAAGAUGUAUCAUGCUAUGGUACUUUACCCAGGGAGUCACCUCGCAAGAGCAAAGAUGGCAGUGGUGGUGUAGCAGAGAAUUCCCAUGCUUUAAUGGCCAGCCCUUUUAAAGCAUUUUCUCCUCAGCCACCAAAGUUUUUCAAGCCCUUAAUGCCAGUGAAAGAGGAACAUAAAAAGAAGACCCCGCUUGAAAGCCGACCUCUGCUUAGUCAAGAGGACUCCGAGGAGGAAGACAGUGAGUUGGAGGCCAUUAAUAAGAAGCUGAUAAGUCCACAAAGUUUUCAAAACUUCCGGCCUUACGUACCGGAGGAGUUUGCUGACUUCAGUGUUUACAAUGCUAGCCUGGAGAACAGGGAAUGGUUUUCUUCUAAAUCAGACUUCAUGAGUUCACGUGUUCUUGAGAAAGAGGUAUCCCGCAGCCCCACCACUAGCAGUAUUACUAGUGGCUACUUUUCCCACAGUGCCUCUAACGCUACUCUGUCUGACAUGCUUGUCCCCUGUAGUGAUAGCACAGACCAGCUAGCCACUCACACGAAGGAGCUGGACUCUAAUGAUCCCUCAGGAUCAUCUCUUGCACAUGAUUUAAGAUCCUCUUCGAACAAGGAAUGUCGAGAGUCAGAAAAGGAGGUAGUGAGAGAAAAGUUACCGGUGUUACCACUGAAAGAAAACAGUGCCUUAACGGAACAAGUACCACUGUCCCUCGAUGCCACUGACACAGACUCUCAGCAGUUACCCAGAGCUGGAUCAUUUUCAGCUUUAAGUUCCUUGGAUGGCAAAAAUACCUGUCGUACAAUUGAAUUUUCGGCGCGUGAAGCAACAGUUGAGCACACGACGGACAUUCUGGAAGAUCACUCCUUUACAGAGUUCAUGGGUGUUGAAGAUGGAAAGGACUUUGACCAUUCGACAGCUCUGCAGUCGUGUUCCCUUGUGUCCUCUAACGGAGUGAGCGCCUCGGAGCUACCCCGAGGCACUGACAAGGAGCAGAGCACGUGCGUGGGCCAGCUGAGCUCUGCAGCAGCAGCAGGCGACCGGCUUGCAGGCGCUGCGGAAAGCCCUUUUUGUUCUGUACUGGUAAAAGAGACUUCAGACCCUGAGACUUACCCUGAUACUUCCGUAGACGAUUUUAUUGGGAAGGACCACUUGGAUGGUUCCGAUUGUGAAGAAGGUGCUUCUGCAGAUCAAGCCCACGUCUUGCCUAGCUGGGUGGCCGUGGGUGAACAAGUCUGUGUUGGAAGUAAUAAGAUGGGCACGGUGAGAUACGUUGGAACGGUGGAUUUUUCAGCUGGAAUCUGGGUUGGAGUUGAACUAAAUGUUCAGCUGGGGAAGCAUGAUGGAACUGUAAAAGGCAGAGAGUAUUUCCACUGCAAACCACGACACGGUGUCUUUGUUCGUCCUGGGCGCCUCAGCAAAGCACCAGCUUCCGCAAGGAGAUGGAGUAGCACUUCACGGUCUCAGGCAUCUUCCACUUCAGAGAAACGGAAAAGUUCUGUGCUUCAAGGCUCAUCAUCCGCUCCUAAAACAGGAGAAGAAGUCUUCUGCCAUUCGGGAGAUGGAGCGGCUUCUGCUUUUUCUAGGAAACAGGAAAACAGGAAAUCUUGGAUUAGCUAAACUGCAGUAUUUUUGCACUUACUACACGCAUCACUGUGUAGAAAACUUUACGGAUUUUUGAAGCUAUUGUACAUUUUAAUCUGUCCAUACGGAAUGUGUAUUCUUAGAGUCCUUUGA